AUGGCACAGCCGGGUGUCGACGCCAUGGAGGAUGACGGCUUCCUAGCCACCGGCCAAGUGCUGGUUGCCUCCGCGUUGGAACAGUCGGUGAUCCCAACCCAGCGAUCUCUGUCGACAUUCGAGCGAGUCUUUACUACCCAUGCGCCAAUCCUUGAAUCCCUCCUACUUCAGAUCCCCACCGAUACCGUCCUCAAGCUCGAUCAUACCUCCCGCUUUCUCCGAUCCUUCCUCCGUUCAUACCCCACAGCAUGGAAGCACCUGUCGUUCCGCUUGUUUUAUCCAUCCAGCAACCCAUCUCCGCUCCGAGUGGUUGUCCCAGGGAGCUCGGACGCGGUUGUUUCUCGCCAGUCUCGACCAUAUGCGUUGGAUCAGCUGUUGAUGCACGUGGUCAUUCCUUUCAGCCCGUGUCUGACGAGUUUGGAGCUGGAUAACACCGCAGUAUCUGGGCAGAUCCUCAUCUCAACUGUCUUGUAUUCGCGGCGAGAGACACUGGAGCACCUCUCCGUCCGCGGUUGCAAAAAUGUCUCGCUCAAAUACCACAUUAUUCCAUACCUAAUGAUGUUUGGAUUGCAGUAUGACGUGAGCAUGGAGAAGAAUAUUGGCAGCUCGCCAUCUACCAAGCACCUUGCGCUCAAGAGCCUCUACACAUAUCGCUGCCGCCACCAUAGGCGAAGGCCGUAUUUGUCUUCGUCGUUAACGCGGAAAGACUCUGACUCCGAGCCUACUCACGAGCUGGUCAAUCUCUGCCACAAGCUGGGAAUCUGGACAGAUACGUCGUGGUGCUCCACCCCGGCUGGAAGAUGUUUCAGACGACGGGGAUAUGUCUCCAUGAGAGUCCCGCAGGGGUCACCAGAAGUCUGGGUGGUGUUUGACCGACUGUGGCGGUCCAAGAACUGGAUUGGCCCUGUCGAUCAUGGGUUCCGCCCGUCCAAGAAAGAUGGCAAGCUGUGGGAAUACAGUGAGACCGGCUGUUAUGGCGAGCCCCUUGGAACAGGUGAGGGGAGAGAUCCCGGCGAGGGCAAAAUGACACCCGCACACCUGCGUUGGAGUCACCGGCAGUUUGUGGAGAACAUUCGCUGUGAUAAUUGCGACGAGGAGAUCUCUGAAAGAUGUGAACAAUGUAGCAUCCUCAUGCACUGCGUUGGUUGUCGCAAGACACUCUGUGCGAGCUGUGCCUACGAUCGCCCCUAUGUCCGCUGCCAGCCCAGAUUAGGUACAGCAGGAGAAGCACCGGAUUCCCUCUGGUGGGCCCCAGGUGCCGUCAGUUCGCCCUGUCUCAUGCAAGACCCCCCGGUCUACCUUGCAGAUGGAAAUGCGGUCAACCAGAAUGCCACAACGCCUUACCCUAUGCUGAACUUCCACUGGUGCUGCACGGAGCCCAUCUUCUCUGGUGGAGGUGGCAUCAGCAUCGGAACUCCCAAUAGAGACGUGGACCAGGUGCGAGCAGCGCCUCUCCCUCGGGGACAGGGCUGGGAGGAUCUCGAAUAUUCGGCUCACGAGUGGAGCAAGACAUUUCCCAAGUACGCCUAUGGCGAUCCCCGGAAACCCGACUACACACUGGAAACAGGUCAUAUCGCUAUGAUGAAGUGGCUGUUGGGCCCUCCAGAUCGAGACCCUACGGCUUGUCCGCGCAACCUAUGCCAGGAAUGCUACGAUACCCCCCAGUGGAAGGUCCACUGCAAGAACUGUUCCAAGCCCCUGUGCAUUGAACAUGACCUUCGCGGCCUUCGUCUUCGGAUUUGCGGGUACCGCGAGCUUACACUGGAGAAGAUGGCGAUACAGACUCGGGCCGGGUCUGCUGCUCGACUCACCUUUCCCUCCUAUAUCCCGCCCCCUAUCCCAUAUGUAACCACUCCCUCGGCAUUCGAGCUGCCUUACCGAACCCAGCACACCGUGGAUUCUGCGGCCAGCAGCUUUAUCGAAGACGUCCCCACAGAUGGCAUCACCGAUGACCAUGUAAUUGACCAUGUCGAAUCUGCUGCUCCCGCGCACCAACGCUCCAGGAGCUUUUCCGUCACCAAUUCAAACCGCUCCCGCUCUUCGUCUCCGUCGUCCGUCUACUGCGAGUCACCCUUUGACAUCUCCAAGUGGCAAGGUUGCCAGUCGUUUUUCUGCCCUCAAUACCGCGCGGUAGGUGAUCAGCGACAGAGAUGCGCCAGCGUCCUCCGAGAAUGCACUAGCUGCUCAGUUCAUGUAUGUGAGGAGUGCGUUGAAGCACACCCACCAUGCAGCUGCUCCUACUGCGAAGUGAACUAUCUCUGCCCAAACUGCUUGAAGGUCCGUGAGCGUGACGGAACCUGCCGCCGGGUGGAAGAAGAGAAAGCGCGUCGCGAGGAACAGUGGAAGAGAGAUAUGCAACUGCUGGAGGGAAUUGUCGAGACCAAGAUCGCCAACGAGGUUGCCGAAUUUGCCGGCCAGUUUUUUGACUCGGUUGAACCGUCGCGCGUCGUAACUCGGCAAAUGGGGAUUGUCAGCGAGUACGAUCACGGGUCGGCGGCUUAUCACCCAAGCUUCCGCAAUGUCCCUGGGAGAGACCCUUUCAUAGAUGAUGCUUGGCUGGAUAGGACCGAGUGA